AUGUUUGCAAUGAUUUUGAAGAAAAAUGACAAGUAUACAGAAUUGAGGAAUGAAAAUGUUUUUAGACAAUAUUUUGUAUCAGAAGGAGUUGAAGAGACAUGUUGGAACACACUGAUUCACUCGAUGUGUUUUAGAUAUAAAUGCAACUAUAGAUAG